AUGAUAAUCAGCUUUUUGCGCAACAAAGCAGUUCAAACGUUCGGCGCCUCCGACGUCGCCAAUUCCUUUCUACGGGUGACGAGUCAGUAUAGAAUGAGUCGUCGAAGCAGUACAGAUAUGAUCAAGGGUCACUCGAAAGUCAAGACUGUCGAUCAUGGCGACUUUACUGUCACUAUUGUUCCCUCACUCAGCGACAACUUCAUGUACCUCGUGAAGCCAGUCAAUUCGAAACGAGCCUUCGCCAUCGACCCCGUCGAUCACAAACGAAUCGCCCACGAAACCAUCGGCCUCGGAACUUCUCUUGAGACAAUCCUCUGCACCCACCAUCACGCUGAUCACGAUGGAGGGAACAUUCCACUGAAGCGACUUUAUCCACAGCUAGAAGUUUUUGGCUUGGACGAAAGAAUUCACGGAAUAACUAAUCAAUUGGAGAAGAAAGCGGUUCAGGACUUGUCCGUUUGUGGAUUGGAUGUUAAAGUUCUUCAUACUCCCUGUCAUACAACGGGCCAUAGUACGUACAUUGUCCAGUCAAGCAGUGGUGAAGCGGCUGUUUUUGUCGGAGAUACGUUGUUUAAUGCUGGUUGUGGACGAUUAUUUGAAGGAACGCCCGAAGAACUGUUAACUACAGUCGAACAUAUACUCUCCUCUGUUUCCGAUGAUGACAAAAUGUACUUUGCGCAUGAAUAUUCCGCCUCAAACAUCCGAUUCGCUCUAUCUGUCGAUCCAUCAAACGAAGAUCUCAAGGCGCGACAGAAGGAAGUGUCCGAUCUUCGAGAAAUCUCAGGCAAUCGGUUAAAAAUUUGA